AUGUCCACAAACCUGUACAGAUAUGAUGUGCUUCGAUCGCAGACGACGUUCAGGCUGUUGAGGCUGCACGCCGGCCAAGGUGACAAAAUAAUAGGCUCGCUCCAUCAUCAUACCUUGGCAUCUGAGAAUUGUCCUCCCUACAGGGCGGUAUCUUACACCUGGGGCAGAGAUGCUGCCCGGUAUGACCUUCAUCUACCAAACAACGCGGUCAUCAGAAUUCGCAAAAACUUGGCCAAUGCCCUGCGAGCCAUCCGGGACAGCGAUUCUGCCUGCUGGCUAUGGGUAGAUGCCAUUUGCAUAGACCAGUCAUCAGACCAAGAGCGGAAUCAUCAAGUGAGACUUAUGGCCGACAUAUAUGGCAGAGCCAAUAUUGUCGUUGCCUGGCUCCAUGGCGCUAACGAGCACGUUGAUCUGGCGAGGGCCUUCGCUUUCGUGCAUAAUGCCGUUACUUACGGUACGCCCACACAGCCUGUGUACCACUAUUCCCGGAAGCAUAUCAGUCGCAGCAGGAAGGAUUGGCAGUCCAUCAAGAGACUCUGUAGGUUGCGAUAUUGGACGAGGAAGUGGAUCAUCCAAGAACUUGUCAACGCGCGGACUGUGGUGCUUCGUGCUGGCUCGUCUAAAUGCUCGAUGCAGGAGCUUGAACUCUUCUGCAAGGAGCUGGACCAGGAACAGAACAGUGAGGCUUAUACAACGCUUGAUCCGGCGAGGCGCGAUAUAUGCAGUCUUGUCGGCGAGCACAGGAGGCACUUGAGAAUCGAUUAUGGAGCCACAGCAGUACAAAGACUGGUGUCAGUCCUCCGGUUCGUGCAUGACAACGAGCAGAUAGAAUCGGCCAGGAGUCUGAGCUUCACUAGGCUCUUGACGCAGCUAUUCCGAGUCACCCAGGACGACAUAUUGAGAGAAAGGAGUCUGUACGGUAAUCUCCAACUUGCCAUCCCCGCUCUGGCUCUUGGCACUAUCGAGUAUUCUCCUGAGUCCCACGCAUCGGAGGCACUGAGAGCUAGGGUCGAGCGUCUUGAGCCUUCACCUCGCUUCAUGCUUGAUACCUCCGCCGCUGUUUGGACAAUGUUCGACCACGUGGCCCAGGUCGAGCUUUCAGAAGCGGUAGCCCAACCGGAUAUGGCCUAUUUCACAAUCCGAGACACUCCACUACAUGGACUAGCCGCAUGUCGUCUCCAAGCAGGUGAUCUGAUUACGCUCUUGCCAAGUACCGAACUCGCCUUCGUCGUGCGAAGAUUCCCAAACGCAAGAGCCGCCAUCUUAGCAAGAGCGUAUCUUUUCGUCAAUGCACGGGACGAGGACACUUUCGACUUUUGGCAAGGCCGCCUAGAUCUUACUGAGAUCGAGACGGCGGAACAAACAGUAUCGAUGCCAUGGUUCAUGCUUGUCGAGCUAGGCUCCUUAGCGACCUUGACGAGGAGCGUGUGGAAAGACCACAAUCCCAAAGCGGAUGUCUCGCCACUGCAGGCAAUUUGGAAAAGUCCUGACAAGCAGCUCGACGGAACAAGGUCAGCCACGCAUGGCGGGAUUGCCGGAUACUGUCGUGAGUGA